AUGUAUAAACCUUCGACAACUGUUCCAAAAAGAACUACUAAUUCUACAAAUACUACAAACAAAGAACCUAAUAAUACAAAUUCUUCAUCUACUGCUAAUUCAAGUAUUGAUUUAUAGUUUUUACAAUUAAUUUUAGAUUCUAAUAAGGAUUCAAAACAAAAAUUACCUCUAUAGCAAAAAUAAAUUCACGAAAAUAGAGCAGUCCAUGAUUACUAAAAGAAAACUUCAAUUUAAGACCUUAAAUCUCAGAAUGUAAGCACUCCAUCAUCAACCAGUACAAAUAACAGAGCAAGUAUUUUAUCUAAAACAGGAAAAGACACCACAGCAUAGCCUAGAUAAGUUAAAAGACCUGAUAGCUCAAGCAGAUAUGCAGGUGCAAAUAUAGUUAACAAAGCUAAAAAGAUCUCCCCUUAGAAAGGACUUAAAAAGUCAGACUCUGGAAUAAAUCAAUUUUCUACUUCUAGUUUAAAUAGAUCACCUCAUCUUUCCCGUAUCAUUAGAAAUAAUGACAUAUCGAAUGAACUUGCAUUAUCAUAAGAUAUCACAUUUGAUUAGGAAUUGUUAGACCAACAUAGAAAUAGAGCUGCCUUGACAAUACAAAGAUGGUUCAAAUAGAAAAUAGAGGACAGACUACUCUAAGAAGCUGACUCUGCUAUUAAAUAAACCAAAGAACUGCUUAGAAUGAAAAAGGAAAGAUUGGUGAAGAAUUAUGUGUAAGGCAGAGAAUCAGUAGAUGAUCCGUAUGCUUUAUUCAAAGAAGAAACAUCCAAAGAAAGCUUUUCAUUGUUCGGCAAUAAUGCAAAUAGCAAUAUUCCAAGAUCAAUUUAUGGAAACGAUAGAAUACUUGAAAACAAAAUCGAUAAUGGUUUUGAAAGAAGAUAACCAGAAAAUCUAAGAGAUUAUCAUAAGUCUGAGAAUCAAAGGCCUAAGAAUUUGUCAAAGCAAUUUGAAGUUCUUGAUUAGAGUGCUGCCUCUGAGAUAGAUAUUGAUAGAUAGAAUUCUAAAUCAGUUAAAUAGCAAGAAGAGGAAGAUAAUAAAUUAAAAGAAUUAAAUGAUAUGCUAAAGAAUAAGGAUUUGAUUUUCUCACUUUAAGAUGAUGACGAAGUAGAAGAGUUCAUGAGAAAGUUUUACUAGAAAAAGAACAACUAACAUACCACUGAUAAUAAAAGAUAAGAUUAGUAAAAGCCAUAUAAAUAGGUCAAGUUUCAAGAUGAUUCCUCUAGUCAUAGUAGCCCAGGAGACAGGAAAAAUGCUGCACUUAAACAUGAGGAAAAUAAUCAAUCUCCUCCAUUCAAUUCAGAUCAUUCAAAAAUCAUGUACAACAAAAAUGACUUAAACAAUGAAAAUGAGCAAAAUACCAUUAUAAGUGAUAGGAAAUACUAUGAGGAGGAGAAAUAUAUUCAUUAGGAGAUUUGUGAUUAGAUAAACAAGGUUAUUUCAGGUUCCCCAGAGUCCUUGAUUUCUCACAACACAAACCCAAUAAUCACCAACAAUCUCAAAAACCAAGUAGAUGAGUUCAAGGUGAGCGACUAUUAGAAUAAAAAUACAAGUAAUCCUUAGAAAUAACCUAAAGAGGAAACAGCAUUGAAUAAUAGGUAUUAAGAUAUAAUGAAGUUCUUAGAAGUAGAGGAAGACAGUAUUUCUCAGAGAUCAGUAUCUAAGUACUCUUAGCAAAAAUCAUAUUAAUAGCAGCCACCUUCAACCUCCACUUAGAAUUACAAUAAAUAUGAAAUGAUUGCAGGAAAUAACAAGUUGAAUAAAUAGCAACAUUAGCAAUCAAAAUACAGUAAUACCUAUGAUGACAUUGAUGAAAUUAUAUCUCAAGCAACAUAAUCUAAUAAAAACACUACUUAGAAUAGAUUAACUUCAAAUAACUCCAACAUUACUUCUUAAUUAGUCCCUGAUGAAUACAAAGAGAAACUUAUGGAGUUAGAAAUUGAAAGAGAAGAGUAAUAGAAAGCUCUAAAGAUGCUUAAAGAGAUUAGAGAAAAAGAGAAAUAAGAUCUGAACAAGAAAAUAUUGGAGGAAAAAGAAAUUGGGACUAAAUCAGCUGAGGAGGUCAAGGUUUAAAUGACUCAUAAAAUAGAGAAGCAACUUUAACUUAUUGAAUAGCUUGUUAAAGAUAAGGAAGGUAUGUAAAACUAGAUGAAAGAGGUUGCCAAAAGGCUAAAAGAAAAGGACUAGGAGACUGAAAAGGAAAAACUAGAUUUGAUAGAUAAAUUCAAGAGAGAGCUGAAGAAGGAGAAAGAGGCAUGGAUGGCGAGUGAAAAGGUCAGAAAGGAAAAGUGGGAGUAUGAGAAAAUCUAGGAAAUCAAAAUGGGUACAGUCCAACAACUUCAACCUACUAUUGAGCAACUGAUUAUUAAAAACAAGGAUGAAUUGAGAAAAUAAGAGGAGAGAAAUUAGAUUGAGCUGAGAAAGCAAAAAGAGCAAGUGAAUCAGGAAUGGGAAAAGAAAUUAGAAUAGUUCAGAGAGAAGUCGGUGAGAGAAAGGGAAGAUGCACUUGAAAAAGAGAGAGACAAGUCAUAAUAGAAGAUGCAUGACUAGUACGAGAGACUGGAAUAGCAAUUUAACGAAGAGCGUAAAAGAUGGAAAGAAGCCUCAACUUAAGAAUAUGACAGACUAGAUAACUUGAGAAGAAAGGACAAGGAAUCCUUGGAAGAGCAGUUGAGAACGGUGAAGGAGCGUUACGAGAAAGAGCUAGACAGAGAAAAGCUCAAAUUUGAAGAUAAAUUAGAGGAGUAGCAGCGUCGUUUAUAGGUAGAGCUCAAGCAGUAAAAAGAGCAGUUGAGAGUGCAGCAAGAUGAGUGGAAAGAUGAAUUCCUGAGGAAGUAGCACGACCAAAAUAAGGAGUACCUAACAAGGAUGGCUGAACAACUCAAGCGUGAAUAACAGUAAGCAGUCGAGAAGAUCAUUGACAAACUUAGUGAGGAACAGUAAAAAGACCAUCAUAAUAUACAGAAGAUUACUGAGACUAAAACCAAAGAGGUGGAACUCAAAUGGAAGCAAGAGAUCCAGGAAUAUAAGAGUCUGGUGUAGCAAUGGAAAGAGAAAUAUAACGCAGAGUAGUAUUCUAAGCAAAAGCUAGAUGAUAAUCUGUCAGUGCUCACCAAGAGAUUCUAUGACAUGGAACUAGAAAUCACUUCCCUUAAGGAGAAACUAGCUAAUUCUGAAAAAGACAGAAACUCUCUUGUUGACAAACUUAACUCGAUUUACCGCGAGUAGUAGUAGCUGAGAAACGAAGUGGAAGAUGACCUAAGACUAUAGAUAGAUGAAAAAGAAAGAGAGCUCAGAAAAAUGCGAGAAGAGGUAAUGACUAUUGAGCACAGACACAAAGGAGAGCAGGAGAGAGAUAAGUUGAAUCACAAGAAUCAAAUUGACUUGAUUCACAGUAAGGUGGAGCAGGUGCUGGCUAAGAAAAGAGAUGAGAUUGCUGCUCUAGAGCAGGAUCUUAAAAUGAAGGAUAUACAGAUUGAAAAGCUUAAAGUCAUGCUGGAUAAACAAAGGAAAGAACUGCUUAAGUGA